AUGUCCGUCCUCAUCUCCAAGAACCUGGCUGGCCCAGCGUACAUCAUCCUUAAUGUCGUCCGCGCUCUGAACAUCGUCGGCCUGCUCAUGGUCGCCACCGCCAGCGUCCUCAUGCUGGUCAAGACCAUCGUCGUCUCGCGCUUCUUCUUCUUCGACGGCUGCAGCCACGUUAUCACCGCCUGCAUCAGCUUGUUCCUCGUCGCGUCCGAGGCCUGCCUCUUCCGCAGCUACUUCCGCAAGAACUGGCCGCUCUUCAGCCCCGAGCAUGGCUUCGUCGCUCUGGGAUUGGCCAUGAUCCUACUCGGCGUCAACACCCUGGGCAACCUCAACAAGGAUGCCACGAGCGUCGAGAACCUCGGCGUGCCCUUCUGGAGCGUCGUCAUCAGCUCCGGCAUCAUCAUCCUGGUGCUCGGCUUCGUCAACAUCAUCGCGAGCUACGUCUUCCGCGACACCAAGCUCCGCAUCACCGCCCGCAAGGUCCGCUCCAAGGGCGCCGUGUCCAUCCAGGACGCCGAGGCCCAGCUCGAGGCCGAGAAGACGCUCAGCAUCAAGUCGUCCAUGCAGAGCAUGACCCUCAACCAGUCCCCCUGGAGCACCCCGGCCCGCAAGUCGCCCUCGGCCCUGUCCACCCAACACCAGCCCCUCGUCCACUCCCCGCAGCCGACCUACUCGCCCACCCGCUCCAUCUUCCAGCAGGCCCGCCAGUCGCUGCUCCCCUCCCACUUCCGCACCUCGCGCUACACCGCCUCCAACUACAGCCGCUCCUUCUUCGGCGGCCGCCCCGACGACAACGAGGAGAAGCCCCCGGUCCCCGCGCUGCCCCCCUACCCGACCUCCGAGGCCGGCGGCGGCCGCGCCCCGUCCUUCCGCGAGAAGACGGGCCUGCACCAGAAGAGCGCCAGCGCCGACACCACCCGCAGCAGCAAGCGCCACAGCAAGCGCAGCAGCCUCGGCCGCUUCCCCAUCAACAUCUCGUCCCCGCUCACCACCAACCCGCGCUUCGCCUCGCUCGUCAACGGCGUCAAGAAGCCCGACCUCGCCCACCACCCCAGCCAGCGCCAGCGCCGCCUCACCGCCGCCGAGAACGAGAAGACGAACGACAAGGAAGACAACCCGUAUGAGCUUCCUCAUGACUUCUAA